UAGAAGUGGUUCGAGGUCCUGACGAGUGAACACUGACCGAGGAAGAGUACUGGGAUAAGAAGGAAUGAUGGAGUUAUUGUGCUGUUUGGAUACCGACUGUAACAACACCACCGAGCUGGACCAGGCCACGCGCUGAACUCCAUUGAGGAACUAACGGGAUUUGUUUUUACUGCGCGUUUCUCCCUGGAAAGUAAAGCCGAGCAGGUUUGGAUAGCUCUUCCUGUUACAAAGUCGGCGGUUCGUAAGUUUUAUGUUAUGAUCAAACCCAGCUCAUUGUGUGCUUCUGAUAAGACCGUAAUUAUGGAUACUCUCGCGGAACGGGAUGCGGGAUUUCCUGCGGCAGCGCCGCAAAGUUGCGGCCAGACGCGGUUAUUGGAGAUUUGGGCUUAAUAAUGCGAACUGGUCAGCCCUGAAACUUGUAAAACACUGGUUGUCUGGACUGAAUGCUCCUUUCCUGCUAUUCUUCUCCGCUUCUCAGCGCUUCCUGCUUGUGGUGGCCACUGCACUUGAUGGCUAAAAAUACAUAAAACUCAAAAUGGACAGCUCAAAGUUGUGGGAAUCUUAAUUUGCAGUUGGCAUUACAAAACUUGAAGUAUUUUACAACAAGUUUCAGACCAUUUGAUUUUUGUCCUCAUACUUUUAGUCUUCAUAAUCACAACUCAACAGGUGGCAAUUUAGAAUGAGGGAAGAGAAGAGCUAAUUUGCCCAUAAUGAGGUGAUUCAAGAGGCUCUUAAGUACAGGCCGGUGAAAUGAUAUUGAGCUCAAACCAUGUGUUGGGAAACCACAUACCACAUCACUUACACAGAGAGAAAUUCAGUGGAGACAGUGCUGCCUUUCUAAGCUUUGAUACACUUAGCCGUCAUCAAACAAAAGCAGUCUCUUGACUGGUUCAUGAAUUGCAUUUCAUGUUAAGAUGAAUGAAAGACACUUCAGUUAUCUUUGAAUCCUCUCCUGUAGCCCACUUGUUGGUCAAGCUUUUGAAUACAUUUCACUGGUCCCUGAUGAACCAACAAGAAAGACAGGAAAGGGAGCGAGGCGCAAUAAAGUACUCCUUUGUACUUUAUUUUCAAACCCUUAGGGUGCAAAAUCAGAUCCAGUCAAAACAUCUGCUUGAGGCUCCAUGGAGCCACUGAAGAACAUAUUCAGUCGUGGCCCACUGUCGAACUGGAAAAAUUUGGAUCAAUCACAAAAAGGGAACUUCACCAAUCCUGUGUGGACAGCCUUAUUUGACUAUGAGGCAUCCUGUAAAGAUGAACUCACCUUACGUAAAGGAGACCUGGUUGAAGUCCUCUCUCUGGACUCUGAGAUAUCAGGGGAUGAGGGCUGGUGGGCCGGAAAAGUCAACAACAAGGUGGGCAUCUUCCCAUCCAACUAUGGCUCCUUCAAGCCCAGCGGAUACGGGAAGCUUCCAGGCAGCAGCGUGGUUGGCGAGCUCGGCCCAGCUGUGGUGGGCGAGUUUGAACCCGACGUGUUGGAUUUCCGGGAGCUGAGCCUGGAGGAGGUCAUAGGGGUCGGGGGCUUCGGGAAAGUGUAUCGCGGUACAUGGAGAGGCGGGCUGGUAGCCGUGAAGGCCGCUCGUCAAGACCCGGAUGAGGACAUCAGUGUGACGGCUCAGAACGUGAGGCAGGAGGCGCGUCUCUUCGCCAUGCUCACUCACCCGAACAUCAUUGCCCUGAAAGGUGUCUGCCUGCAGGAACCCAACCUGUGCCUCAUCAUGGAGUACGCCUCAGGUGGGCCGCUGAGCCGGGCCUUGGCGGGUCGUCGCAUCCCGCCGCAUGUCCUGGUCAACUGGGCCGUGCAGAUAGCCAAAGGGAUGUUGUACCUGCACAGCGAGGCCAUCGUCCCUGUCAUCCACCGGGAUCUCAAAUCCAACAACAUCCUCCUGGCUCAGCCCAUAGAGAAUGAAUGUAUGGAGGGGUUGACAUUGAAGAUCACUGACUUUGGCCUGGCGAGAGAGUGGCACAAGACCACCAAGAUGAGCACCGCUGGCACCUAUGCCUGGAUGGCCCCUGAGGUCAUCAAAUCCUCCACCUUCUCCAAGGGCAGCGAUGUCUGGAGCUAUGGAGUUCUGCUGUGGGAGCUGCUAACAGGAGAGGCACCCUACAAAGGCAUUGAUGGACUUGCUGUCGCCUAUGGAGUCGCUGUCAACAAGCUGACCCUGCCCAUCCCUUCCACGUGCCCCGAACCCUUUGCCCAGCUCAUGUCAGAGUGCUGGGACCAGGACCCCCACCGCAGACCCAAUUUCGGCUCCAUCCUGGCCCAGCUGAUGGCCCUGGAGCAGCAGGUGAAGGAAGAGAUGCCGCAGGACUCCUUCCACUCCCUGCAGGAGGACUGGAAACUGGAGAUUCAGGACAUGUUUGAUGAACUCCGGGCUAAAGAGAAGGAGCUGCGAUGCCGCGAAGAGGAGCUGAAGCGAGCGGCUCUGGAGCAGAAGUCCCACGAAGAGUUCCUGCGGCAGCGUGAGCAGCAGCUGGCCCAGUGGGAGCAGGACGUGUUCGAGCGCGAGCUCAGCCUCCUCAUCCUCCACCUGAACCAGAACCAGGAGAAACCCAACGUCAAGAAGAGGAAGGGCACCUUCAAGAAGCACAAGCUCAAGUGCAAGAACGGCGAGAAGAUCAGCAUGCCCCAAGAUUUCAUCCAUAAGAUCACUGUGCAAGCAUCCCCAGGCCUGGAAAAGAGGCGCAACUCUCCUGAUUUGGGUUCAGGCUCGUCGCCCUCCUUCGGCCCACGCUUCCGCGCAAUCCAACUCAGUCCCAGUGACAACAGCAGGACUUUUGGGUUGAGCGCUGUCUGGCCCCUAGAGGCCCCCUCUCUCAAACAAGCUAAUGGAGACCUGAGGUUGGGCCCCCACUGGAGGCCCCAGAGCCCGAAAAGUCCCAAAAGCCCCAAAGUCCUGCGCCUAAGUCCCCAGGAAAGCAGUCUCUCGAUGAGAGCGAAGCUCCUGGAGUCAGACAGCAAUGAGAAUGGAGAGUCCAAGGAUGACUUUGAGGAGUACCGACCCUCCACUCCAACCCCUCCCCCUGCUCAGAACGGCUCCUCAGUGAAGGACAGCAUGCGGCUUCCUCUACCUCACGGAGACUCUGGCAGCGAGGAAGGGGGUUCCUCCCCGGCUGGCUCCCCCAGGCCUGAGAGGGGUUCCCUCAGUGGCAUGUUUAAGAGCACCCACCGGGCCCUACUUGGCGGUGGCUCCCUCCUGGCCUCUGUAGGACUGGGUCGCUGCCUUGAUAUCCCCCCAAGGGUGCCCCCUCGAACUAACCCCCCUUCCCUAGAGGACCGCACCACCUUCGAACUGGAGAUCUCCUCCCCUAAACCCCUCAUUUCAGAACCCCCAGUAGUGGACGAUCUCAUCACCUUCUCCACCUCUGAGCCGCUCCCCAGACCGCUCUUGGAUUUAGCUCUGCAGUACCAAGAACUUAAGCCCUUGCCCCUGACUCCGCCACCGCCAAACCCCCGUGAGAGGAGCGGCCAACGGACGCCGCACAGUCCACAGACUCCCAGGACCCCCGUGCAGCAGGACAAGGCCAGCCCAGGCGAAUGGAUGCCGUGUUCCCAUUCUACCAACGGGGAGCUGGGCUGUGAGGCCUGGGAGCACAGAGCUGACAGGAGGAGGAGGUCCAGCCAAGGACUGCACACCACUCAGCUCGUUCUGGAUCUGCCCUUGUGCCAAGACACACAGGAGUCUGAUGACAAGCCUGCAGUGCCCUAUGCUCUCCACCCCAACCCUGCCCUCUGGAGCCCCAAAACCCGGCGCCUGGAGGUCAGCGUCAUCCCCCGGCCUCGCCCGUCCCCCAUCCGCCCUCGCAUUGACCCCUGGAGCUUCAUCUCAGCCGGCGGCGGGAACUCAGGUGGGGGCCGCAGCCCUAACCGCUCGGACAGCAACCAUCUUAGCUACCAGCCCUCCCCUACCAACCCGUUCACCAACUGUGACCCGUUCCCAUCACCAGACUGUGACCCAUUCGCCCUCAAAGCCGACCCCUCGAGCGGCUCGGACACAGCGUCGCCCUUUGACCCGUUCUUGGCUCCCUUUCCCACAUCCCGCUCUGCCCCGUGCUCCACCAACGGCUCGCCCACGUUGCCCUCAUUCCGCAUUGCGCCCCUCAACCCAGCUGACUCGCCCCUGAUUGACCUGGGCUGGGCGGCCUGCAGCAAGCCCCUGGAUAGCACCAAAGAGAGAGCUCACCCCCGCAGGACACUGGGGCUCAAGCCCUUCAAGUCCCCGACGCAGCUCCGAGACGACAGGUUCUGAACCCGGCCUCGCCUGUGGCCCUCGUGGCCGACUCUCACUUACGGAUGUUAAAAAGUGCAGUUUUUAUCACAGGAACACAGUCCAGGACGGUGCCACUACUAUGUCCUAUAUCUUACAGGAAAAGUGGUACAUUGGAUUGUGGGAUAGUUACCUGUGAACCAAAACUGGUGCCCAUUUCAUUCUCCCUCUCUAUCUCUGUUUCUCUAUCCCUUUGAAGGAGCAGAACACAGAUCACUAGUCCCAUCUUCAGAUUCUAUCAGACUGCUCAUAUCACCUGCUUUCAUCUCCCCCUACCUUUGAAGCAUUGUGACAAUGCAGAGGUGGAUAAGGCGACUUGCACAUCUUCAUCUGCCUCUACCUCUCUGCAGACUGAAAGCAUUCGGGACAAUGGAAAAUUGGAGUGCCUUAUUUCGUGAAGUGUUUUUAAUAUAUAUCUUUUCAAGGUUCCUUGAAUGGUUAAUCUGGUGCGUAGGGAAGAUGCUAUGAAUUUGGCUUAAAUUUGCAAAUCAGCUUAGCAUUGCUGUGGAGGAAAAUGUCGUCUGCGCAUGCAUGUGUGCGUGUAUGUCUAGACUCAUUGUUCAAGGAAAGCUUAGUUGUUUUUUUUGUUGUUUUUUUUUUUUUUUUCAAACAGCGUCUGCCUGUUGCAUUAUGGGAGAAAACACUCAGAGUGGAUAUUCUAGGCUGCUCAUGAAAUCCAAGACAAAACCAUGACCCAAGCAUUCCACUUGGAACCAGAUAACAUUCCAGUCACAUUCCCCGGAAAAUGCCGGGGAUUGGACAGAUUCAUUCGGCUGGCAAGCGACAGAGCACAGGAAACAAGACGGGGGAGCCCUCUGCAUUCCCUUCAUAUGCCAAAGAAUGCCACUGUGACAGGGCUGGGACAAAGAGCGUCUGCAAAGUUGUUUUUACCUCCACAGAGUGCCAGACGGGUGGGUUUUCCACACUGGACAAUACAGAGAGUUGAGACGAUCACAGAGAGUAUUUAAAGACAACUUUAAUAUACUUUUCUGUGGUUAGUUGACUUAUUUUCCACUUUCCAGACUGUCUUAUCACUGCACAUCUGAUGCUUUAGGAAGGUUCAACCAAAAAUGUGUUUCCUACAGUACAUAGGUGUGGACGCUUCAUUGAAUACAUUUUUACAGUCCACCAGAGUAGGAGUGGCCUCACAAAGCCAGCCCGCAAUUUCACAGUGACUUCCAUAUCCACACUUCUAAAUUUUUGUCUAGAAAAUCUACCACGCGUGUUCUAGAAGUGAUAAAUAUUGUUCCAAAAUGAUCCACCAAAAUUCCUUUCUGAAAAAUUAUGAGCCAAAAAGUUUUUCAAUGAAUGCUUCAUUUUACCACAAUAACACCAGAUUGUAAAGGAACAGUUUCGACAUUUUAGGGAAUACACUUAUUCACGUUAUUGCAGCAGGCGAGAUGAGGAAAUUGACACCACUGUCAUAUCUGUCCAUUCAUUAUGAACCUGGAGUCAACAUCUGGAUACCCAGCGGGCGCACAGCUGUUCACCAGUGUCUUGAGAUGCUGAUAUUAUGGUGAAUGUAGGUUGUGAUUUCAGGCGACCAAAUUCAAUUUUUCUGUCUGAUGAGCUCAGCGUCUUUCUGAUGUUACAUUGACGUCCGGUGCUAGCUGGGUAGCUUAGCUUAGCAUAAAGACUGGAAGCAGAGGGUGGCAGUUAGCCCAGCUCCGUCCGCAGGUUAAAAAAAAAAAAAUCAUCUAACUCUUAAUGGAGGAAUUUCGUUUUGUCUGUAUUUUUGCUUUCCCCGACAAUCAUUCAUCCAAUCAACUUCAGAUUUCGCGGGUGUAUCACUGACGACCCAAGAAAGUGCGGUGUCAUGACUGUGAAGUUUUUUUUUUUUAGGAUGAGCUUCAAACAUCGUGACACAUCCAGUGUUAACUGUUGAGCUUUAGAGGUGCUGGUAGGUAAAUGUUAUCACUUUUAUCCCCGUUUCUGGUCUUUAUGCUAAUCUAAGCCAACCAUCUUCUGACUCCUUACAGACAUGAGAGUGGUAUCAGCCGUCUCAUCUUCUCACGUCCUUAAAGUUGGUGACAGAUGACAUGCACCGAGUAUCAUCAAAUGAGGAAGCUUGUGAGAUGUAGGCUGGCUUUUCAACUAGAGUAGCAACACUCCUCAACUCUCCUCAGUUAUUUUGUUUAAAAAAAAAAAAAAAAAUCCAUCCUAAACCCAUUUUAACAGUACUAAAAAAGAUCUGGUAGGAUUCUCUGAAUAACUGUGAUGUCAUGUUGAGAUACACUCAGUAAAGAAACAACAGAGAAUAUAACACACAUAUAACACAAGGUAAAAUAUUCCACCAACAGCAGCCUCCACAGGUCAAAAGCACAAGCGCAUUAGUGGAAAAGCUAGCUCUUCCACCUUUUGGUUCACAAACAUUAUCAUCAAUGGUCGUUUUUAAAUACUAGCGGGUUCAGACAGUUUCUCAGUGGUCUUUCAAAAAGCACCCUGGGAAAUGUGUGAGGUGAGGCAGGUUGAGGGGAAAGUGAAAGAAAGAACUCCUGGAAUGGGUUGAACAUCACACACUGAUGUUGCAUAACAGUAUCCAAGUCAGCUGGUUUCAUGUAGGCCAUUAACAUAAUUGGCGUCGGUCAAGCAUGUAAGCAACUGAAAGAGACCCACUUGGCACAUGGCACAAACUCAUCGUGUUAGCCGCGUCUUUACUUGAGCAUUACAAGGUACAAAUACUGAUUGAGUUCAUCACUGACACCGUGUCAUUGGAAGACAAUAACAGCUUUGUUCCGAUGAAGAGCGAAAACCUCGUCUCCAAAGGGGAAAGCUUUGAGAUUAGCCUAAUAAUCCUACUGACAAAUAGAGGAGGCUGAUAGCGAUAAUUAGCCUCUUGAUAAGAGCAGGGAGCAUUAACAAAGCACUCAGAUAUUUGGUUAAUUAAUUUGCCCCGACGUUAUGAAAAUGCCCUGCAUCCUCCUCGCAAGGUAUCGAGUCGCUUCCUGCAUCAGCUUACGUCUCGAUUGAAGCCAGGCUCUUUUUUUUUAAUGCAUAAAGUUCCAAAGGCAGAUUGAGCUGUCUUUCCUCCAUUCCCUUCCAUUUCUCUCUGUUGCCACUGGCUGUUUAGCUGCUGACCGGAUGAAAUCUUCACUGUCAAGGCUCACCUUUUUUUACGUCCCCCUCAGGUGAUGUGGGAGAUAGCGUUCUUUUUUUUUUUUUCUUUUUUUUCUUUUUUUUCUUCUCACUCCUACUCCUUUGCUUCCUUCUGCUUCUCUGGAAAGUUUUCUUGAGGGCAGUUGUGUCCUGACACUGUGGAGCGUUCAAUUCAAUAACAGCCAGGUUUUCUAUCCGCCAAAAAGAAAUGGCAUUUGUGCAAGUCCAUUUACUGAGGAGUGCUCAUUUACCAGAGACAAUUGAAUUUGUUUGGAAUUGAAACAGGAGCUUUAUUAGAUGUUUCUAUUGCACAUCAAUUUGUCUGUUCAUCAUCUACUGAACAUCCAAUAAUACUCAGCGGUAACAAAGAGACGCAGUGACAGACAGACUAGAUUGUACAAUGUACUCUCCAUCCACAUCAAAAGGCAAAUGUGUUUAUGGCAGAUCUGAAUGGCCACACUGAAAGAUGGGCUGAAAAGCCUGCUGUCAGAGACGGGGGAGAUGUCGUGAGCCGUAUGAAUGGGAAUAAUGAUGCACACUUUUGUCGGUUCUUGAAAGCAUUUUAAGGUGUUGCCCUUGUUUGUACGUACGAGAAUUGACGGAAGUAGUUGUGUCGGAACAAAAAAAAGAGAGCUUUAGAGAGUUCACACACUGCCUACUCUGUACAUCAGAUACUUGCUGUUUUAAAGUGGACAUGAGUGUCGGAUUGUCGGUUUCAGAAUGAUGCAAAAAAAAAAUAGUUGUACGAAUUCUUCGGGUUAUGACAUAGGAAAAGGUAUCUACCAGGGGGGCUAUUAGACGAUAUGACAACACUUAACUUGAAGCUUUAACCCUGAAAAUUCAUUUGAUUCCAACAACAUGUACUCUUAGACAAGCGGCUGCGGUGCGAAUGUCAUUUUUCACAUAAUCAGCAUGUACCUGGUGGGUUCCCAUGAGGGGACGGCAGGAUCAUCCUCCCUAGUCGGAAUGUCCUCCUUUGGAUCUUCAGAUUUUGCUUAAGCUUAAGGGCGUUACUGUCAUGUUAAUGUUGAGAUCACGGCAGAAAAAGCAGCAGCUGCUACAUCGUAUUUCUUAGUUUGUCCUUAAAAUGUAGAUGCAGUUUCUGAGAAAGCACAUCCACCAUUCAGAAUCUGACAGCCUCACCCGAACAAGAGAUCUCACUGUUUUGCUGUUGUUUUAUAUUAUAGCAUUUAUUAUUAUAUAUAUAUAUAUAUAUAUAUAUAUAUAUAUAUAUAUAUCUCACAUGCUGUCACCUGGACGUGAGCAGUGUGGAUCUUCUUCAGGGAUGGCAAACGUCAGAGUUUUAAUAUAGAAUUCGUCUCUCACAGCAGUGUUCCCCACCUUCCUCUGAUCUCUUGUCCUCACCACUAACAUUUUGCAGACAAGACAAGUGAUGAGUUAUUGGCUCGUCUCUUUGUGUCAACACACAAAGACACAACAGCUAUCCUCUGGUAGUCAUUAGGUUCAGAUAGCUAUUAUUGUCAACAGAGCUGUGUGAGCAAAAAAAAAAAAAAGCUACAUGAAAGAAAUUGAGAUGAUUGAAACGUCUAGCAGAUUAUUUCUGUCACAAAUUCACUGCGUGUGUCAAGUAUCCACUUCAGCCUGCCACUCAUGCCUCGUCUGUAUGUGCUAGACUUUUAAUUUUCCCUCAGACCUGAUGCUGAGAAGCGUUACCCGUCGUUCCCCAUUAAGGGUGUGCACAUUGAGUAAUUGACCACAUAAAAUAUUACUUAUAUAUAACAGCAGUCACCUUGCUCUUAAGGUAUGAUUAAGAGGAGAGUGCCGGCAUCUCCUUUACCUUUUAUGAUUAAGGUAUUGUCGGUAGUCAGAGUAGGAAUUCUUCUUCUCCUGGUAAUAAUUUCUGGAAGUGGUUCAUUUUAAGUAGUGAAAACUACUAAUACUUAGAAUAUGUGCUUAUUUUUUACAUAAACACAUUGCUCCUUACCUUAGCUCCUAGGGUAUAAUAAGAAUUUGACAAAAGUCCUAGUUCGGUAGCUGAGGGAAGAAGCGGGACGCAUUUUAGGAAGUCUUUUGUGGACAGGGACACCCGCCUCUUGGUUUUGUCUGUCUGAUUUAGGAGCCGUAGCUGCCAGGAGCUGACUCCAAUGAGAAACUCCUGAUAUGUUGUUUGUGAUGCGCUGCUCUUCCAGGCAUUGCCCCAUCUGUCAUUGCAAAUCAGCGUCCCAAGUACAAACUGACAGGGAGAAUGGAAGUGAAUUCUCCACAGGAGAAAGCGAUAUCUCGCCACCAGUGAUCCACUCUCAGCCUCACAGCAGCAGGGAGUAGACAUGAUUUGAUGAUCUUAAUUCAAAGUUCAAGCUCAGACCGUUCCCCCUAAUCAGUGAAUGGCAAAUGUUCAAUACAUUAUAUGAAUAAAAGCUAAUGAGACAGCAUGAUGGAGGAACCCAAUGCCCUGACCCUCAUCACGCCAAGCGGCUACUGGUCAGAGGUGGGUGUGCUUUGGAAUUUCAGAGCUGAAAAAUCAGAGCCAUUGUCCUGGAGGAAAAAAAAAAAAAACCCAAAAAACAUGUCACAAGCUUGUCAGUUUUAAAUUGUUCCCUGUUGCCACCAUCCCCUAGGGUUACCAAUGGAUGCUUGAUUUGGCUUUGUGAAAUUUACACACAUACUAAUAAUCUGAUUUAGCCUGGUUAAGCCAUUAAUUCAACCCUAUACUUUGGAAAUAAUAUUGCCAGCCACUAAACUGCCACAUUUAUCAUCUUUAGGUCAAAAUUCCUGUAAAAAAAUACCUAAAUUCUUUCACACAGGGACCUUGUCGCCUUCUAAUGCUAACCCAGGCCCUGUCAGACAUAUAUUACCAGUUAGAUAAUUAGAAUAGAGUAAAAAGAACCCCCCACUCACUUGAGCUUUUUUUUUCUUUUAAAGGAGCAAUUUGUAAGUUUUGCUAUUGCUACAUAGCUAACAUUAGCAUUAACAGCUGUUAACUCACCAGUCUAGAAGAACCAUUGCGAGUUGGGCAUCAAUAUUCAUUCCUUUACUCAUCAACAGUUGUGUCCAGAGGUUGAAAAAAAACCCAUUUUAACUCUUUUCUCUAUCACGUCUUCUCCUUAAGUUAGCAUGCUAACCAGCUAGCCCCUCACUUUCAUUUUAUGAACUUUUCGUCUUGGUUUCUUAAUUUUUCAGAACUGUGUGGCUUGCUAAAACGUUUUUUACAUCCCAUUUUAAUGACCUGAAUAACAAUAUUACUUGUUAAUGUAUUCAGUAGUAUUUUUGACCUGUCUGAUAAGCUUUUCCUACAUUUAGUUAGAUUUAGGGCUCCGUUGUUUAGAUCUUACUUCUUUUCUUGCUAAAUCAGGAUGUCUCUUACUUUUAUCUUUAUAUGUUACAGUUCAGUGCAGUCUGUCUUUUUCUGACACCAUGCAGACACUUGUGUGUGGGUUGUGAAUGUGCCAGAAGGUGAUACUUGAUUACAAUGAGGAGCGACAUGUGCUGGCGCUGUGUGAUUGUGAUGAACAGCUAACACUGAGAGCAUUAAAGUGUUGUGUAAACCCAUCGGCUUGAACAACGGAGAGAUGGUCUCAUACUGAGAACGAACUGAGUCUUGUUUCUGCACGGCCCUCUGAGUAAACUCACCAAGCUCCAGGACAGAAAUGUGAACCUUGGUUACUGGGGGGGGCUUUAAUUCGAUUGAAUAGUUUUAACACCUGAACUGAACCAUCACUGGCAUUAUGAUAAAUCAAAGUAACGGACUACAGUGUGCAUGUAAACAUACCCAUGUCUAGUCAGAAUCAGGAGGGGACUGUAUUAAUAACUUGCUGCAGCUGUGGUUAAAAUGUAUUUUUUCUCCUUCCUGGUUAAUGAAAAAAUUGAAGGAUUCAACAAGGACACAGGGAAAAGCAUACUUCACUUACAAUAUAUUUUAUUGAUGAAAUCUUACCCUUUCCGGGUCAGUAAAGAGGGAAUUCUCAAACUACAAAAUAGAUGGCCUGGCAUUUCAGUGGCUUUCACACCAUUUACCUUUUUCUUGCUCGUGUUCAAUUAAGUGGAUGUUACAAAUAUACCUGGUUAUCAGCCUCGUUUCAGUUGUCUCACAGCCAGCCGUCACUGCCACAGACACAUUAUUGGUCUUCCUGGCUCACAUGAAACUGAAACACCUGCCCAGGGCUUUGUUUGGCAUUAACAGGCCGAGACCAAAUGAUCAAUUAUGACCUUUCAUUGACUAUUCAGGAAAUGCACAUCCCAGUAGGGAUAUGGACAAAAGCCAUGCCUGUGAUAGUCACUGCCAGGUGUGUAAGCUAAUGCUCAGCCCCUCAAAGUGUGAAUAUUAUUUCUAAUUCUUUUCAAUCUGUGCAUCCAAGGUCACCAUCUGCUGUCCUCUUUCUGUAACAAUGAAAACUGAAUGAAUGGGGGCCAAUUCGUUUCUAAGACCACAGUGACAGCUCUUGGAGAAGGCUGGCGCUCUGUUUAGAAAAUAAACAUGGAUUUUAUCUAUGAGGUUAUUAAGUCCAAGGCCCAAACACUCACCCCCCCCCCCCCCUUCACUCAGCAGCACCUUGGUCAUGAUUAAGCCAAGCUAUUGACACUCAAUUACCUUGUGAUCUUUCCAGAACAGAAUCUGUUCAAUCUGUAAAUUUCUGUUUUUAGAGAGUUGAAUGCUGCAAACCAAUUUGUUGAGUAAACAGUAUCCAUUGUGUCUCAAAUAUAGACUGCAAAAUGAUUUAUUGUCGUCUGCUUAGCAUUUUAGAUAAAAGGAAUUAAAUAGCUGAUAUUUUUGGCAUUUUUCUUAAUUACAUAAUGUCUUACUACAAAUGUGUAUGUAGAAAGCCCCGGUCAGACCCCAGAGCACAACCUAUCCUUGAAGCUUGGUGAUGUAAAGUAUAACAUUUGCUACUUCGCCAACAUUUUUCCAGCCUCACAUUUUUCCUGCCUAAAAAAUGCUAAGAAAAAAAUCGAUGAGAUUGUAAUUUCAAAAUUCCUCCAGUGAUGCAUUUUAUGAAUUUGUGAGUGACUGACAUGCUUGGGUUCUAUCUGAUAGCAAUCCAGGACACCAGCAGCCAUGUUUAAAACUAUGUAUAGAUCAAUUUAUUUGGAUAAAAUUGGCCAUUGCCCUGCUAGCUGGCUAGCUAGCUGGACCCAUAAAAUAGAGUAAUCUAGGUUUUGGGCUUUCAAUAUGUCCAUUUCCUCAAAGGUCAGCUAAGCUUAAAUUGAGUGAAAUUGAUCAAUGGCACACAUUUGUAUGUCAAAGUUCCCCCAAAGGUAAAAUAUGGAAAUCUAUGAAUGGAUUUUGUUCUGUGUAGCUGUGGUCGUUGGUUUGACAUAACAAAACCUUACUUUAGUCGCAUUGUUAACAUGUGUUCUGGGAAAAUCUACCUGAUUGUAGACACAACAAUGAUAGAUAUGUGUAAAUUAACAAACAUUUCAAUGAAGCCAACAGCAACAUGCUUACUGCUGCCGAUGGGAACAAUGUUGUCUGAUGUUGGAAAAAAAAUUUCAUGAAUGCCUAAGUGACCAAAAUGUCUUGGCUCUGUCUGAUAAGCGUUUAGACCCGUGAUAUCUGGAGUGAUUGUCCUGGAUCAGGGCUGAGACUAUUGUCGACACUCGAUUAACGUCUUCUAAGGCACAGAUAGUUCAGGGUGAAGUAUUUGACUGCGGCUUGAGAGUAUUUAUCAGUAGGUGGUCUCUUUCAGGUGCUCAUGCUUGGGCUUAAAUAACUGAACUCUAAAUGAUCCAUAGAAGCAAUUUUAAACGGUUUGGAUGGUACAAAUCCCCAUGACUCACUGGUCAAAUCUCUUCCACUCACAGCAUCACAGUGCUGUAAAAGGCUUUUCCUUCUGACAGCUUCCUACCAGCAAGCUAAGGACAUUAAAAAUAAAAUAAAAUAAAAAAUAUAUAUAUAUAAACAGGAGAAAAGUGGAUAUUUAUAAAUGGCCAUUUUUUUACACACUGGAUUAAAACUAUUUCUCUAGAUGGCCAUGGACACAGUCUACAUUAGGAUGAUGAAUUGAUCGAUUGCUUCAUAUGAACAAGACAUUUUAUAGGUUUUCACUGGAGUAUUAACAAAUGCAUGUAUGGGUGCUUCACUUGAGGCAGAUUAACUUUACAUUCCAGUUCUCCAAUUUGACCAAAUCUGUAUCGAAAAUGAUUCCCAGUAUUUUUGUGUAGCAGAAGAUUCAAGAGAAUUGCCUGGUAGAGCUUGAAAUCCUGUUUCUCGUGUACAUUGCAGCAAAAUCCCAAACCUAAAUUACAGUCUAAUGUCCCCUUGGGGCACCCAUACUGAUUUUAUGUGCAUAAAACUGCUAGGUGGAGAUGAGGAUUUUGUCACUACCAUAAAGUGGUAGACAAGGUUACCUCCUCUCUGUCUUUGUAUCUAUUUGCUUUUAUUGUAAUUGUUCCACAUUCGUUUCUUUGUCUUUUUCUUUUUGUUUGUUUUAUUACAACCUAGGUGAUGUGAUAACACAAUUAUUGCAUUGCCUUGGCAGCCAUUUUUACAUCUCUGAGAACUGCCUCUGCUCAUGUGAGUGAGAGGUUUUUUUCCAGUCAUCGGGCUUUGAAAAUUCGUUAUUGUUGCAUUUUUGUGAAAUCUCGCACUGGGCUGGGCCUAAUCAACUGUUUUUAUUGUUGUGUGUCAAGAGGAUUAUUUCUGUAUACAGAUGUGAAAAUGUUUUUAUUUCUCUUGACUAUUAUAAUGGGUUUUAACCUGUGGAAAAAAAAAAAAAAACAAAGGAAAAAGCUCAAAAAGAGAUAAGACCAAAUAAAAUGUAACACUCCUCA